UCCCCGCCCCUAGAUCCAGUUCCUGUUUCUGCCUCUCCUCCUUUUCAGCCCCUGGGGCUCCCGCCUCCUACUCCUCUAGGGCCUUGUUUGCCUGAGGCUCUAAACUGCCUUCUUCCUUCCGGGAACCCAAGCAUCCUAGCUCCAUGUAGUUCAGAUGCUCCCCUUUCUUUUCCCUACCUCCCACCCCACUUCUAGAGCUGACCAGCAAACUCGGGAUGCCCAGGGGCUCUCCCCCAUUUCCUUAGAAUUCUUAUAACUAUCCCUGCGCCGGCAUAGCUUCUUGGCCUCUCAUCCUGAAUCUGCGGGUUCUGCUUUGCUCCCUCUUUCUUAGGAAUAAGGUGGUCCAAUUUCUAGAGCCUCGCGGCUUUUAGGCUUAGCCUGUGUCUCAGCCCCAGGGUCUCUCCUUCCCCCCCCUCCCCAUUUGCCUGGAUUCUCCAGGAUGAAAGGAGGAGAGGGGGAUGCAGGAGAACAGGCCCCCCUUAAUCCUGAGGCUGGAGAGAGCCCAGGAGGUUCAGCCACCUACCGCGACUUUGUGCAUCGAGGCUACCUGGACCUCAUGGGAGCCAGCCAACACUCAUUGCGGGCCCUUAGCUGGCGCCGCCUCUACCUCAGCCGAGCCAAACUCAAGGCCUCCAGCCGAACAUCUGCCUUGCUCUCCGGUUUUGCCAUGGUGGCCAUGGUGGAAGUCCAACUAGAGACUGGCCACGACUACCCCCCGGGGCUGCUGGUGGCUUUUAGUGCCUGUACCACAGUGCUGGUGGCCGUCCACCUCUUCGCCCUCAUGGUGUCUACCUGCCUGCUGCCCCACAUUGAGGCCGUCAGCAACAUUCACAACCUCAAUUCCGUCCACCAGUCUCCCCAUCAGCGACUCCACCGCUAUGUGGAGCUGGCCUGGGGUUUUUCCACAGCCUUGGGAACUUUCCUUUUCCUAGCUGAAGUGGUCUUGGUUGGCUGGGUGAAGUUCAUGCCCAUUGGGGGGCCUACAGUGGCCCCUGUGCCUGAGAUCCCUUCCUCUUUGAUCUCAAGAGGUCCAGAGAGUCCUUUACUUGAUGCACCAACCUCCAUGGGCCCAAAUCCUGGACUAUCCCUGACAGAGCCAGUGGUCCCCUUGAAUCCCCCAACUGUGACCUCAGUCUCGCAACUGCCACCCAGAGUUGGGCCUUCAGCUGUGACCUGCUCACAAAGGUGCGAGGGGCCAGUGGCCUCACCACAUGGGCCUGGAUGGCAUGCCGCAAUGGCCUCGACAGUGAUCAUGGUACCUGUGGGCCUGGUUUUUGUGGCCUUUGCCCUCCACUUUUACCGAUCCCUGGUCGCUCAUAAAACAGACCGGCACCAGCAGGAGCUGGAAGAGCUGAGCCGCCUCCAGGGAGAACUUCAGGCCGUGUGAAGUGGGAGAGAGCAAGGGAAGGAGCAGGGCUUUGGGAAGAAGCAAAUAGAAGACGAAGCAGCAAUGGAUUGGAAGGGGCCCCAGCAACAGAACUACAGGUGGGCCCAGGAAGGAGGCCCCUGGCAACCUGGCCAGGAGCCCUAGGCCCAGAGGAAGAGCCCUACACGCCCUAUCACAAAGUGGAAGAACACACUCAGGUAGAGGGACGUGAUUUCCUCCCCCUCGUCCCUGUAGCUCUGAAAAUAGUGGGGAGGGUCAGGUCUGGCUGGCCUUUAAGGGAGAUCCCAGUGACACACAGCACCACCCAACUGGUUUUCUCUAAGGUGAGCCCCGAUUCCCUUGCCUUCCCUUUUCCAUAGAGCCUGUAGUGGCUUGGUAUAUUCUGAGGCCCCCCUCACAAAUGCAUCUUCUUCAGAAAAGUAUACAUUUGAUCUACACUGGUUUUCAUAUCAAUGACAACUUAUCAGUGGCAGCUCCUAAAGCGUUAGCUCCUCGCCUUUCCUAGGUUCUCUCCCAGCAGAUUUAUACUUCCUGGAGGAAUUCUCAAAGCCAGAGCUGACUUCUCUGAGGAAUCCCCCAAGCAUGCUAUUUAAGGAAGCCUUUCAGGAUUGUCCAAGUUCAAUCUUGGUCCUACCUCUUGAGCUCCAAGGCUGUGGGGUGGAGGUAGGGUCUCCUUAGGGUAUAAGACUUGUCUCCUUACCCCCUGCCUUGGAGGAAUUGUGAGUCACCUUUCCACUUGGGUAGAUCUCCAAUGCUGACCUACAACUUUUACAUUUUAUUUUCAAGUUCUUAGGAGUCCUAGGGAUAGGUCACACAAUAUUGCCUCCAAAUUGGAGGGCCCCCUCUUGUUGCCUCUUUAUUGUAAGUACUGCCCCAUGGCUCUGAUGCAUCAGAAGAAAUUGCCUUACCUCCAAACACAGCCUUUUUUUCCUGGUCUUUGUGCCAACAUUACCUGUCCCUCUCAAAGUUCCAUCCUUCCCUCCUGACCAGGGUGGGAACAAGGGAGGGGCUGGUAAAGGGGAAACAGAGAGAUGGGCUUCCAUGGAAAAGGUCCUGUCCAAUCCCAACAAUCAUAGCCCACACAGUCUUUGCCUCACACUAAGCACCCCAGGGAUCCCUCCCCUUCCUCUGUAAUGAUGGUGGAUCAACUCUGACACUGAAUUUUCACUGCACCUUUUUUUUUUUGUACAAUAAACCUUGUUUGAAACACA